GAGGAGACUUGGGUUAAGCCUGUCACUGCUGUGUGGAGUGCAGCUCACGGGGGGCGAGAGAGGGUCCUACAGGCAUCCAGGGACAGAGAGACCAGGGGCGGGAGGAAGAGGGGGAGCCUCAAGAGGUCCGUAGGAGGGGAGCGUGGGACGUGUGACGGGGGACAAAGAGUGGAACCGAGGAAGACUUAGCUCCUUUAGGGUACGCUGUGUUGGAAAUGCUGGGAGCCUUUGGAGCAGGGACACUUCUAGGAGUAGGGUGCGUGACCUUGGGUAAGGGAUGCCACCUGGAGCCCCUGUUUUGUCACCUGUAACGUGGAAGUCAUAACAGGACCCGCCGCACAGGGCACUGUGGGGACUGGCUGUGUCCAGUUCCUGGCCCGGAGUCAGUCGUCAGUAAGUGUCAGCUUGGAGAAGCUGCAAGCCGGCAAUGCCUGCCAUUUGCCCGGUGCGGCCCUGGGCCAGUGAACGUUCGGUUUUAUUCCCUUAUUUUUGAAGAGGCCAGACACGCACGGAGUCUCGAAUUCAAAGAAUGCAAAAAGAAUGUUCGCGGCGUCGGAGAGAAAGAUGAGAACUCCCCAGGUGCUCGCCUUCCUCCUGCUCUCCGCGAUCGCCUCCGUGGCCUCUGAGAACGCCAGCACGUCCCGGGGCUGCGGGCUGGACCUCCUCCCUCAGUACGUGUCCCUGUGCGACCUGGACGCCAUCUGGGGCAUCGUGGUGGAGGCGGUGGCCGGGGCGGGCGCCCUGAUCACGCUGCUCCUGACGCUCAUCCUGCUGGUGCGGCUGCCGUUCAUCAAGGACAAGGAGAAGAAGAGCCCCGUGGGCCUCCACUUCCUCUUCCUCCUGGGGACCCUGGGCCUCUUCGGGCUGACGUUCGCCUUCAUCAUCCAGGAGGACGAGACCAUCUGCUCCGUCCGCCGCUUCCUCUGGGGCGUCCUCUUCGCGCUCUGCUUCUCCUGCCUGCUGAGCCAGGCGUGGCGCGUGCGCAGGCUGGUGCGGCACGGCACGGGCCCGCCGGGCUGGCAGCUGGUGGGCCUGGCGCUGUGCCUGAUGCUGGUGCAGGUCAUCAUCGCCGUGGAGUGGCUGGUGCUGACCGUGCUUCGCGACGCGAGGCCCGCCUGCGCCUACGAGCCCAUGGACUUCGUGCUGGCCCUCACCUACGACAUGGUGCUGCUCGUGGCCGCCCUGGGGCUGGCCCUCUUCACGCUGUGCGGCAAGUUCAAGAGGUGGAAGCUGAACGGGGCCUUCCUCCUCAUCACCGCCUUCCUCUCUCUGCUCAUCUGGGUGGCCUGGACCACCAUGUACCUCUUCGGCAACGCCAAGCUCCAGCGGGAAGACGCCUGGGACGACCCCACCUUGGCCAUCACGCUGGCGGCCAGCGGCUGGGUCUUCGUCAUCUUCCACGCCAUCCCCGAGAUCCACUGCACCCUGCUCCCGGCCCUGCAGGAGAACACGCCCAACUACUUCGACACGUCGCAGCCCCGCAUGCGGGAGACGGCCUUCGAGGAGGACGUGCAGCUGCCGAGGACCUACAUGGAGAACAAGGCCUUCUCGAUGGACGAGCACAAUGCAGCUCUCCGGUCGGCAGGAUUUCCCAACGGCAGCUUGGGGAAGAAACCCAGCGGCAGCUUGGGGAAGAGACCCAGCGCUCCGUUUAGAAGCAACGUGUACCAGCCAACCGAGAUGGCCGUUGUGCUCAACGGGGGGACUAUCCCAACUGCUCCGCCAAGUCACACGGGAAGACACCUCUGGUGAAAGACUUUUAAGUUCCAGAGAAUCAGAAUCUCUCUUACCGAUUUUAUUCCCUGGCCGUGUCUUUCUUGCGGGAGAAAAUCGGUAACAGUAGCCGAACCAGGCCGCCUCACAGCCAGGACAUGUGGAAACCCUAGCCAAGGGGGUUUCGUGUAAAUGUGAACACUGAUGGACUGAAAAGCUAACACCGACGGCCCUCCCCUUCCCCGCCCCCCAGACACAUAAUACCGAACCAACCUCGACCCCGCACACUAAAGCAAAGCUAAUUGCAAAUAGUAUUAGGCUCACUCGAAAAUGUGGCUGGGAAGACUGUUUCAUCCUCUGGGGGUAGAAGAGAACCAAGUUCACAGCUGGGGGGCCAGGCUGCUGUUGGCUGCACAUGGGGGAGCCCCAACCCUAUCGCCCCUCCCCAGCAAAUGCUGGACUCCAGCUGGCCCCUUGGAGAUGACCAUUUUGUGGAGGAGGACAAAUGGGGAGUUUUCCACCAGCUUGCCUGGUGGUUUGCACAUUUCAUGGGGGAGGGCAGGAGAGUUAAGGAGGUUUGGGGUGGGAUUCCAAGGCAAGGCCCAAAUGAAUCAUGGGGUGAGUUUUAUAGCCAGUCAUGGUGAAAAGACCCUGGCAUGUGCCAAAGAAGAAGAGGCUUGCUGGGCGUUGACGUGAUCAUCACUUUUAGAAAGUGGUGACCAACCAUUCUUCCUUCUAAUGGGCCUCUUGCUCUAGCGCCUAUGGUGAAGAAGUCCUAACACCUCCCCUUGUAGAGCCAUAGAAUAUUCUGGUUUGGGGCCAGAUCAUCUCACCCUCUUCCUGCACUUAUGGGUGCCCACUCCACAUCCUUCCUUGCCCAGUUUUAUUCUCAUGUUCAUUUCAAAAGCUCAGCUGGGACCACCAGCUUAAAGCCCUUCCAGGGGGCAGGUGGGAAGGCAGGUGCCAUAGCAGGUUUUCCUCCAUAAUGUCACAUGGCAGGGCUUCCAGGGUGCCCUCUAGGGUAGAGAGAUGACAUCCUGCUUCCUAGCAAGCAGUGACUUCUUGGGUCUUUUCCAUUAAUAUGGUGAGAGUUCCAGAGUGGAACGGAUCACAUGAGGGUUUUUUGCUGCUUUUGAUGGGUGUGUGGGACAUUUCUGUCUUGGUUUUCCACGGGUUCCAUGAAAAUGGCUCUUUUCAAAGCCCAUUCUUUCUGUCAUGGUUUCCAUCUGUCCUAAGCCAGUCAUUCCUUUAUUAUUUAGCAUUUCGAACAUCUCGGCCAUGAAAAGCCCCAUGUUCUCUGCACUGUUUGGCCAGUAUAAUCGCUAGCAACGAUUCAAAGCAAAGAGUUUUAACCUGACGGCAUGGAAUGUAUAAAUGAGGGUGGGUCCUUUUGCAUACACUCUAAUCACUACAUUGCUUUUUCUAUAAAACUACCCAUAAGCCUUUAACCUUUAAAGAAAAUGAAAAAAGGUUAGUGUUUGGGUGGGGGUGGGGGGGACUGACCUCUUCAUAAGCCAGUACAUCUGAGCUGAGUUAUGUUUUAAUAAACCUUUUGAUAUUUCUCAAGGCCCUGGUCUCUGCUGUACCCCUCCCCCUAUCCUUGCAAAGCACAGGGAAAAAUAAGGCCAAUCCGGUCAUCCCUGUGCAACCCUCCUGCGAGUUCUCCUUAACAGCUAGUGCAUUUCCUGUGUUACCGUGCAUGGGGAAGACAAAGCAUGGCCCCAGAAUGCUACCCCGCCUCUGCCCAGAGCAUGCGCUUGCUUCUAGAGAAUCCGAUUCCAGUCCUCUGCUCGAGGACCAUCAUUGGGUGGACUGAGACAUGGAGUACUGGGGAGGGCUGGGAGGGAAGGAGCCUAGGACCAGGGGUUUGGGCAGGGGCAGUUGCAUGCAGACCCUAGCAUUUCGGAAAAAAAGAAAUCUCCGAACACCUGGGUCCAGUGCAGUGAAAAACGACAGUGUUACACGUUCUCAUGCCAGGAGAUGGUGGCUCACCCCCGCUCUCUGGAGUCCUUUGGAGCUUUCUGAUACCAUUCACAGGAUGGAGCAGUUCACAUGAUCGUUUUCUAAGUUCUUUGUUGCCCAAGCAUAUAAGGUGAGCACGGCAUAGAUGGCUGCCCUUGGAAGCUUGUGUUUCCCCACCAUAAAAACAGAACUAUCUUUGAGCCAUGGGGAACCUCACUUAAUGACAUCUUUUUUUCCCUCUUUUAAAUCUGAUGUAUUCUUGCGCUUCUGGGUUUUGUUUUAUUUUGACUGUAAGGGUGAGAGUGGGCUGAACGCCCUUACGAUGGGGGCAGAGGCUGGGGGCGGAGGCGGAGCGAGGGGAGAAGGGAGAGGGCGGUUCUUUGACUCCACCUGGAAAGUACCAAGAGGCAUCUCUGCCCAGAGACUGUAGCAGCCGGCUGCCCCCACGGAGCAAGGUUUAAAGACAAAACUAAGUGGCACCUCUGUUUAAGAUCUGUUUGUGUACAGAAGACUUGUUUGGGGAAAACGACCUGGAAGGAAAGCAUCUGUGAUCCAAAUCCCUCAUUGUAAGCACAAGUCAUUCCUUGUCCGGUUAUUAAAAUCGCUUUGGGACUAUAACAGCCACUCUUGUCACCCCCUUUUAAUAGGAAGUUGGCGUUCCCUCCCGGAUUUCUGCACUGGAGGUGGAGGGUGGGGAGAGAGGGAAUCAGCUCUGAUGAUUUACAAACCGGGAAGUUUUCUGUGCAUCUCACGGGUUUCCAGGGUUGAAGAUCGGGUUGUUGGAAUCUGGGUGCCCAGUGAUCUUUUUUUAGCACAGAUGCCAUCGGGGUCCAUUGACCAGGCGUGAACUGGGGGUGGCCUCCUUGGUUGGCCAAGGCUGAGUUAAAUGCCUCGGGACGAACCCCAAAUGGAAAGGGAGCAUUGUGGCUUUUAUAAUCCAAUGAUGCAGUGAUUCUACCAGCUUACAGGAGUUCUCGGCAGGUGCUUUUUAUUAAUUAAUGAAGAGCUAAGGCUCAUUUUUGAUAGAUAAUAUAUAUUUAUUAAAUGCAUUACUGUGUGUUUUAUAAUGUAUCUUUAUCUUCCCCUGGCUGACUGUUGCAUACUUAUAAAAAAAAAAAUCGUUAAAAGAAAUUCCAAGACAAUCAAUGUGUACCAUAAAUGACUAUAUAAAUAUCACAAAUUUAAAAGGUUGUAAAGCAUGGGCAGAUAGGUUUUAUUUUCAAGAUGCUGUUCUUAACACAAAAAUAAAGGCUUUACUAUUUACUUAA